AUGUUUGCUAUUAGUUAUUUCGUCCAGCUGUUAGUACAGUUUGAAGUAACUGGUCUGUUUGUUUUGUUUAGUACAGAACUUCUAAAAAUUGGCUUCAAACUUAAACGAAACCUCUGUCAUAGUGAUCAUCCUGGCCAUACAUGUUCGAUAUUUCUCGGUUAUCUUAGAAAUAAAUUUAAUUUGUACACCAUAUUUAUAGUACCCAGUCAUGAAAAUAAUGAUAUAACAACCAUACAACUACUUGAACAAGGUGUGAAAUCAGGCACUGUUUGUAAAACCACACGCUCUGUCGAAGAAUACGUAUUAUUCAUAAAUCCAAAAUUGUUCGACGUUGUUUGCGUGCAACCUCCAUUUGCAAAAUGGCCAUAA